AUGUCUAAUUCUCCAAAGCCUUCUUCAUCAACUCCUCCAGGCUAUGAUCAGCAAGCAGCUUCUACCACAUCAGCUUCAUUAGUCAAAGUGGAAUACAACAAUGAACAUAAAUAUGCACUCAUUACAUUACAACAUAAACCUGUAAAUUCAUUCACUUUGGAAAUGAUGAAUGCAAUGAUUAGUGCUAUUGAUGAGGUGGAGAAGAAUUCUCAAAUGAAUGCCAUUGUAUUUACUUCAGGAAUUUCUAAUAUAUUCUCUGCAGGGUUGGAUUUAAAAACUUUUAGAACUGAUUCAAAGGAUAAAAUUGCCAACUAUUGGUUUAAAUUACAAGAAUUCUUUCUCAAGAUUUAUGGUUGUACAUUAUUCACUUGUGCUGUAAUUAAUGGUCAAUGUUUUGCAGGUGGUUGCUUGUUUGCAUUGUGUUGUGAUUAUAGAAUUAUUCAUACUAAUUAUUUAAUUGGAUUGAAUGAAGCUCAAUUUGGUCUUGUUGCUCCUUGGUGGUUUGCUCAAGCUUAUGAGAAUGUCAUUGGAAAGAGACAAUGUGAAAUGCAUAUUCAAUUAGGUACCUUACAUAAAGCAUCGAGUGCUCUUUCCAUUGGACUCGUCGAUGAAGUUCAUGAUAAAUUUGAAACAAUGAAAGAGUCAGCCCUUAUUCAUGUGAAGAAAUGGAAUAAGGUCAACCAAUUUGCAAAGAGAGAAUCAAAAAAGAUUUUAAGAAGAGACUUAUAUGAAAAAUUGAAUUCCACUCGUGAGCAAGAUGUUCAACUAUCUGCCUCUUUAAUUAGUUCUCCAAGAGUUCAAAAACUUCUUGCUGAAUAUUUACAAAGUUUACAAAAGAAUUCAAGCUCUAAUAGACCUUCAAAAUUAUAA